UUACUCUUUUAGUUCGUCUUGUAGUUGUAGUGAGCACUGGCGUUGUUCAGUUAUUCUCUACCUGUUUGCUCCCGUUUAGGUUUUUAUCUAUUUAUUGCACUUGCAGGCCAUUGUUACCCUUCGAAAAGGGAUUAUGCACCUGUGUACGGUAGCUUUGUGUUCUGUGGUUUUCGGUGUGCAAACUUUUUAAGACAAUUCGUUUCGCGUUUAUGUACAAUGGAACUGGACGCUUUGACUUGAUGUAGUUUCAAAUAGAUUACUAUGCCUGAAACAGCAACCAGUUCUCCCGUCGAGGAGCGCCCUCUGUCGCUGGCUCGCCACGACUUCUCGCUGCCUUCUUCGGGAAGCAGCAAUCGAUCCUCUUCCGCCAGCCGAUAUGAAGGCCAGCUCGGAUACCAGCAAGUCCCAUUGCAAAGCACCAUGAGCCACCACAGGGAAAGUUCCGCUUUCGUGCCGGUCGUCCCUUCACGAAACAUGCACCAAAUGAUGUACUCGGGCGAAAUGCAUCCCUUACUCGGAUCGGAACUAAUUCGGGAAAGCAGAGAUAGAUCAGAAGGUAAAUCUGCAGAAGGCAGUGCUGCUGCAUCUGGUUUUCCGAGUGUUCGGAAAACCUCGUCGUCUGGAUUUGAUUUAAUGGCUAUCAUGGCAGAUAAACGUAAAGAACUACAAUUUCGAGAAGAAGCAGUAUGUGUAGCAGCAGCACAUGCUGCUGCUCUAAUGCUUCCUCACCGGCCUAGACCCCCUGCUGGUUUGCUGGAAGCAUCUGGUAGUGCGCAGAACCACUCGUAUCCCGGAUUUUUACCUACGUCACCUGCCGGUCCGGCAUCUUUUACUUUUCCUGGAGGUAGCACUUUGUUCCCUCCAGGGCCUCCGCAGAUGCAUGCUCACUUAGACAGGAGGCUGUUGCGCGCUCCCGGUCGUGCUUCGCGGCCUAAAAAACAAUUUAUUUGCAAAUAUUGUAAUAGACAGUUUACUAAGAGUUACAAUUUGUUGAUUCACGAACGUACUCACACCGACGAACGGCCGUAUUCUUGUGAUAUUUGUGGUAAAGCAUUCAGAAGACAGGAUCACUUGAGAGAUCACAGAUACAUCCACAGUAAAGAAAAACCCUUCAAAUGCGGGGAGUGCGGUAAAGGUUUCUGCCAGUCGCGUACACUGGCCGUUCACAAAAUUCUCCACAUGGAAGAGUCUCCCCAUAAGUGUCCUGUGUGUAGCCGCUCCUUCAACCAACGAUCCAAUUUGAAAACUCAUCUGCUUACUCAUACUGACCAUAAGCCUUAUGAGUGUAAUUCCUGCGGCAAAGUUUUCCGCAGGAACUGUGACCUCAGGCGGCACGCACUGACACAUGCGGUGGGCGAUGUUCCUCCUGACGGAAUGGGAGAUGGGUAUAUACCAGGGCCCGACGAACGAGAAAAGAUGUCCCCACGACCAAGAAGUUUAUCUGUAGAUUCUAGAGACGAGAGAGAAAUGCGAGCUUGUUCCCCAGUUCCUGGAAUAACUCAAUGCCACGAGCCUUGUUCAUCGUCGAGCCCUUACACGAUGAGACCGUCCAUAGAUAGAAGCCAUCCUGAUACAGACGAUGAAGAUUUGGAUGAAGAUCCAGAAAUAGAUCCAGGUCAAGAAGACUGUUCCGAAAUAUUGAAAGAAGCAGACUUAGAAUCUCAUCAUACUCCGAUGCCGCAAUUACAAAUUAGACGUGAUCUACACCAUCCUCCUCAUUCAAAACCAAGUACUAUUACAAGCGAACAAAUAGAACCAAAUUACUUGCACUCGUCUUCCAGGAAACGGCACUUUGAUCAAGACAGACCAAGUUCAUCGUUCACACACAGCUCCAUGCGACCAAUGACCCCACCAAUGAACCUCCGAGCAUACCACCCGGGCAUCAGAGGAAACCCCGGCAUUAUCAUGGGCUCACCAGCAGUGCUGAAGCCUCCCGAUACCGGCACGUCAGUCAUCUUCGGACCAGGAAUGUCCGGCAUUCCAAAGUCGAUUCCAGAGCCAAGCUCAAACGCCAAUAACAACGUAGCCAGCGACUUGAGCAUGAAGAAGAGCGAAGCUCCGCCUCAACCGCCGCCUCCACAGAAUCCGCCUCCACGGAUGACAGGGUUUACUAUAGCCGAUAUAAUGGGUAGAUAGUUUUUAUGGAUAAGAAUACAUGUUUAAGAUGAAUAUACAGUAAAUUGGUAAACUUAAACAUCUAAUUAUUUGUGAUUUGUCGGAUUUAUACAAUAUCCCAGGCAACCAAACGACGUUUUUAUAACGUAGAUAACACGUAAUAAAAAUGUCCAAUUGACGUGUUUCUAUGACGUAGUACUAACGUUGAAAAUCACGUGUUUUUGUCUCAUCGAUUUGACGUCAUAAUUGUGACAAUUAUAAAACGUAAUCGUAUCUACGUUUUUUUCACGUCGAGAUUGUGACGAUUUUCAAACGUCAAAAAGAUGACGACCUUUAUACGUGGGUAAAAUCACGUCUUUAAUAAAUUCAAAAAGUGACCUCUUUCAGAUGUUUCAAAAUAGUAUAAAAGAUAGGUAACAUGAAACCUAUAUGACUACGUCUCAUGUGUCGAAGAUAUACUACCACUUGUUUAAGAUCGCUUGUGCGCUAGAAGCAACAUUGAUUCUGCAUGAUUGAACCAGCCCUCACAUUAUAGAAUUUUCACUAGUUAUAUAUACCUAUUUUUUUUUUCAUACUUACUGUGUCAAAACUGAAACAACAUAUAUAUGAAACUAAUAAAUAAUUUAUUAACAAAUUAUCCAGCAUACUUAAUAUCUUAAUUUAACGCUGUCCUGAUAUCUUCAUUUAACGCUUAAUUAAAAACAAAUAAACCACAAAUAGUUGUCAAGAAGAAUUACUGCAUUAAACUAACUCACUGAGCAAAAACGCAUAAAAAUCUCUUAAUUAACACGUUUCUUCAACUAAAUAUCUAAAUGAAAAGUCUUAUUUUGUUCACACAAGACACAGACCGCGUAAACAAUAAAUGAGAAAAAAUUUCUGGUGAACAUUUAGCGUUACACCUAAACGAAAUUGUUUGGAGUGAAUACAAACAAGCAAGCUCCUCCCAAUUUUGUGACGUCAGACGGCUGUCUGAAAUUAAAACGUUUUUGAAACGUAAUUUUAACGUCAUUAAUCUUACGUAUUUAAAAUCACCUACAAACGACGUCUAUAUGACGGAAUGUUCAAACACGUGUUAUAUUCAACCAAAAACUGACGUUUUCUCAACUUUAUAUGACGUCACUUGGUUGCCUGGGAUAUACCUCUUCUAUAAUUAUGUCUUCCAGUUCUUGGAUAGUCUGUGGCCUAUGUACCUACACUUUGCAUUUUAAAUGUCCCCAUAAAAAAUAAUCUAGAGGUGUUAAAUCCGGAGAUUUUGCUGGUCAUUCGACAUCUCCUCUUCCAAUCCAACGAUUUGGAAAUUAUUAUCGAGAAACUUACAAACGCCUCGAAUAUAACGAGGAGCUGCUCCAUCUUGCUGAAACCAAAUUUACCUAUUCAGGAGAUGAGGAUUUAUAUCAUCAUUAAAGCCUGGCUAAUUCUGGAAUUAACUACAAUUCUAAAAAUGACUAGUAUUCUUUACAUGUUAUGAUUCUAUUCCUAAAAUUAGGUCCAAGCAAGUUUCGUUAUAUAAUUAUUAUUAUAUUAUUGUAGAUCUUACCGAUUUACAUUUUUCGAACAAAAUGAUACUAUUUUGUUGUCAGUUGGAUACAAUAUAAUUUUUUUUAUGCCUGAGAAAAGUUGUAAAUGAUCCCAAAAGGUUUAACAUGUUCCAUAUAACCUGAAAGUAUUUGGAUUUUUUAGUUUACCUCUUUACUGAUUUUAGUAGAGUAAUAUUGUUUUCCUGUUAUUGUAAUUUCGGUACAAAAAGGCAAAUACAGGAUGUUAUACAAUUUUUUGUAAAUAAUCAAUUGUUAUAUCUAUGUUAUGUAUGAUAUUUUAAGAAUGAUAGUUUUUACGAAGUAUGAUUUUUUUUAAUUUAAUUUAAAUAACACUUGUAAUUCAAGUUUUGAUAAAAAAAUCACAAAACUCGAUUAAAUCGUAUUUUAUGAAAAGGUGGUAUAGUGUUGCCCUCUAUUGACAAACGGCAAAAGGAUAUGUCUUCUUUUGUUGUGUAUAGAUGUCGACAUUUGCAAAACUGACUUCUUUCUAAAUUUAUGUAAAAAUUUUUGCACCACAAAUCGUGUUUGUUUUUGGACUUCUUUCAAUUCAUGAAACAAAUCUUCAACAAAAAGAAUAAAAAUAUGUUGGAUUGGGGGAACAUUUAGAAAUAUUUAUUAUGACAGUUUUUAAAUGCUUUUAUUUCAAUAAAUCUAGAAAAAUGUAAAUCAAGCCAAAAUAGGUUGUUGAACGCCUCAGUUUUUUUUCCAAAACUUUUGUUACAGGUGUUAUCAUUUUAUAUAGUUUCAAGCAGCAUAGGAGUUAGAUAAUUCAAAUAAGACAUUUAGGUAGGUACUUAAAAUACACGUUUUUUAUAUGCACUAUUUAUUUACAACUUAUAUUUACCUGCAUAACUGUUUGUUAAGAUGUAUUCACCAACAAGUAUCAUCACCAUCAACAACAGCCAUUUCAUCUAUGGUCGGAUGUAAGCCUCCCUUAGGUAUGUCCAUUCUGUUCAUUCUCAUUCUGUGUCCGUGUGUCCGUCUGUUCUUUUGUUUUUUGCAUCCAUUCGUACUCGUAGGCAGUCAUUCACUUGAUAUCAUCAGUCCAUCUGGUUCGUGGUCUGCCUCUACUUCUCUUAUUUGCUCUUGUACUUAGACUAACUCUAUAAAUAAAAAAAUUCGACUUCUAAUAAGCAAACCGUAGAUAUAAAUAUAUUCUAGAAUUCUAGAAGUCAUCAAAAGAUCAACGUUUCUCGGGUAGGUACCUAUUUACCUACCUAGUAGGUGAUAAUUUACAAACCUAUCACCGGCACAUCUUUAACUUUAGAUUUCGUAACUAUGGAUUUUUACGGGGUUGGGUACUAAACCCCAACGCCAAACCUCCUUUUCGGAGGGCCUUCGGCUUAUAUUGGAACGAAGGAUCCUGACAGCAAUAUUCGGUGGCAUCUGUGAAAAUGGUAUUUGGAGGAGGAGGUACAACUACGAGGUAUACCACAGAUAUAAACAUAUAUUUGGUGGUAAAGACGUAGUAUCUCUUAUAAGAAAUUAAAGACUAAGAUAAGCAGGACAUCUAGCAAGAUCACAGCAUAACAACCCUCCUAGAGGAAUUCUUAUGUCACAACCUGUGAGAAGUAGAAAUAGGGGUAGGCCAAAACUUAGAUGGAAGGAUAUGGUGUAGAUGAGGAUGGGAGAAAAAUAGGCGCAGCAAACUGGCAACGGUUGGCAAUGGAUAGGACUGACUGGCGUAAUAGACUUGGGAAAGUCGAGGCUCUUUCAUAGGGCUGUAGUACCAUUGAUGAUGAUGAUCACCGGCACAAAUUUCGGGAAUCUCUGGGCUUCGAUCACAAGCAUGUCUUACACUUCACUGUUUCUCGAAUGUACACAUGUUGUAGGUAGCCCUUAGUUUGGUGGUUGG